AUGUGGGAGAUAUGGCGCGGCGUGAUGGGGAAGGGCACGAAGGGCGAGGACGCGCGCAGGAGGCUUCGCAGAGGCGCCUCAAUCGACGGCCAGGGCCCGCCAGGCAUCGGGCGGAAGAGCGUCAAGCCUAACAUGGAGGCGAUCCGCGAACCGGAGGCGCCGCCUCUGCCCCCCGGCGCUCUCCAGGGCAGCGGCGUGGUGCACUUCAAGGACAUGAUGCUGGACCUCGACGACACGGAGAGCGAGGAGGAGCGGUACGGCGGCGCGGGGGGGCUGUACGAGGAGGCCUCGCCGAGCGCGCGCCCGAAGCGGCCGCUCGUGCGCAAACACAAGCAGAUCAUCAUCAUGGUGGGGCUGCCGGGCCGCGGGAAGACGUUUUUGUGCAACAAGCUGCGGUACUACCUGAACUGGCUGGGCCACGUGACGGAGCACUUCAACGUGGGCAAGUACCGGCGGCUGGCGCGCGAGGCCGGGGAGGUGCAGACGGCGGCGUUUUUCGAUUCGCGCAACCACGCGGGGAUGGAGAUGCGGAAGCGGGCGCUGGACGCGGCGCUGCGGGACAUGCUGCAGUGGCUCGAGACGGACGAGGCGCAGGUGGCGAUCUUCGACGCGACGAACACGACGGAGGAGCGCCGGCGGUACUUGAUCUCCCACUUCCACGGCAGAUACUCGUAUCUCUUUGUCGAGUCCAUCUGCAACGACCAGGACGUGCUGGAACAGAACUACCGCUACAAGAUGAUGUACUCGCCGGACUACGCGCGCGUGUCCACCGAGGAGGCCCUGAACGACUUCCGCGAACGCAUCCGCAAGUACGAGGAGGUGUACGAGCCCAUCACGGACGACCGCAUCCACUACAUCAAGCUCGUCGACAUGGUCACGGGGCGCGGGCAGAUCGUCAUCAACCGCAUCAGCGGCUACAUCCCGGGGAAGAUCGUCUUCUUUUUGAUGCAGAUCUGCAAGUCCGGCCUCGCGAAGCCCCGCAAGAUCUGGCUCUCGCGCCACGGCGAGUCGGAGUACAACGCCAUGGGCCGCAUCGGCGGCAAUUCGAAUUUGACCGACUUUGGCAAAACGUACGCCAAGCGGCUCGUCGACGCGCUCCUCGACCGCCUCCCGUACGACCUCGACGGCACGCCGCUGCCCGUGUCCGUGUGGACGUCCACGCUGCGCCGCACCAUCGCCACCGCGGAGCACCUCCCGUUCCCCAAGCUGCGCUGGAAGGUGCUGGACGAGAUCCAGGCGGGCACGUGCGACGGGAUGACGUACGAGGAGAUCUCCGACAAGAUGCCCGAGGAGUUCGCCGCGCGCAAGGGCGACAAGCUGCGCUACCGGUACCCCUCGGGCGAGUCCUACCUGGACGUCGUCCAGCGCGUGGAGCCCGUCAUCAUCGAGGUCGAGCGUGAGCGCGAGUGCGUGUGCAUCGUCGCGCACCAGGCCGUCAUCCGCUGCCUCUACGGCUACAUGAUGGGGCUGCCGCAGUCCGAGAUCCCCUCGAUCCCCGUCCCGCUGCACACGCUCAUUGAACUGACCCCGAAACCAGACGGAACGAUGCACGAGGAGCGCUUCCCGAUCGACGUGACGUCCGCGACGCCGGAGCCCGUGCACACGCCGCUGCACUACACGAGCGUCGCGCCGGGCGCCGAGUCCGGCCGCGCGGACCUGGAGCCCUCGGCGCCCGUGCAAGCCAUCAACAAGUUGACACAGGCGCUCGGGACGCUCGGGCGGUCGUUCACGGGCGACGACGGCGCGGACGGCGAGCCGCAGCUCGUGCCGACCGUCGUCGCCGGCACCGCGCGCUCUCCGUCGCACAACAGCGCCGGCAACUCGUUCUACCAGGAGGGGGGUGUCUCCGCGGAGCAGCGCUGGCCCGCGGGCUCGCGGUCGAACUCGCGCAACCGCGGGCAGUCGCUCUCCCUCGGGUCCGCGGGCGGGGCGCAGGCGGGGGCCUCGGAGGUCGCGUCGCAGCACGAGCUCGCCGCUGCGGGGAGGGAGGAGAGCUACGAAGUGCAGGGCGCACAGCUGCCGCCGCGCAACUCGCGCAUGAGCCAGAUGACGGGGAUCGAGGGGUCCCAGGUGUCGGCCGGGGCCUCCGGGCCCGCGGUGCCGCAGUCCGCCGGCAUGCCGCCGCCGGCGAUGGCCGCCAGCUGUCCGGUGCUGAGCGCGCUCGAUGCGGUCGCCGGCGGCGCGGCCGGCGCGGAGCAGGCCGGCGGGAUUCCGAUUUCGGGGUCGGCUGACCGCGUGGGGGCGUUGACGAGCGAGAGCCAGGCGAUCUACGGGGGGUCUCCGCCCGCGCAGGCGAUGCCGAGUCAGCCGCCGAUGGUGACUGGACCCACGGGCGGGGCGGAGAGCAACGUGCUGGUGAGCCCCGCGCGGGCGCACGCGAGCGGCGCGCCGCUGCCGCCGAGGGGUCCGACGCACGGGUUCGCGUCGUCGCCGCGCCCGCCGGUCGGAACGGGGCUGGGCACGCAGGUGGCGGGACCGUCGCCGCUGACUCAGCAGCUCCGCAGCGCGGGGCAGAGCGCGGCGUCGCUGACGUCGCUGGGGAGGGAGAGCAAGGCGGGGUCGCAGCCGGACAGCGGCGGGUUGGCGGGUUCGAAGACGGAGCAGAAGACGUCUCAACUGGACCUGACGCACCUGUUGCCGGAGUCGCUGGCGGUGCGGGAGGACGAUGGGAACGAGAGGUCGCCCUCGCGGAUGUCCAAGAGCAUCGUAGGUGGCGCCGACCAGGAUCAUCUCGAGACGGCGCACGGCGCGGAGGACCCCGAGGGCAUUCGGGCGGAAGCAGACAACCUGAGGGACACGCCGCGGGAUGAACAGUGA